GUAUUGGAGCGUUGAUAAUAAAUAAAUGAUAAAAAAUGAUUAUGCAACAGAAUAAAUGAACUAAUCAUUGAGGACAAUCAUGCGUUUCCUUAUAAUUGUAACUGCUAAUUAUUGAGUUACAUGAGCUGCCACAAUGAUGUAGGUCAGCAAGAGAGCCCUCGGGAACUACAUUACCCACAAUGCAUCAGCGCACCCUCACCACCACCACCAGCAGCAGCAGCACUGCCUAGCCUCGUUCCAACAGACUCCACCGUCCUCCUCUCCGCCCUGCACGGAGAGCUGCGCCCAGAUCUGCACACGCGUGAUGCGCAGUAAACGCGCAGACCAGCCUGCGAGCCUCAACCAUCGCUAUGUUUUGUAGAUCGGCGACAGAAGAAGCACUUGUUCCCACGUAUGUGGACUGCGCCCCGGUGUAUUUGGAUGCAAAGUCAGCCCACAGACUGACAGCUCGCUGCUCGAAAUGUCACGUCUCUGUGGAGGAGAAGCCUGUCUGAACACCACGGAGCUCCGGACAGCUGGAUGAGCUGCACACACACACACACAGACUCCCCGGAGCGUUUUGAGUUUGUCGCCGAAAUUGGUUACUGACCUGGAUGGUCCCUCUUUACUCGGAUGCAACCACACGCCCAUGCGUCGAUGUCGGUGGAUGUUGCUGCCCUCAGUGUCCAGGUUAGGUUACAGUCAACGCUAAUUGUUUACGUAUUGAAAUAAAGCUGUUUGGGGCGGAAGAAGCAGACAGGGACUGGAUACGCUCCAUAUUUUGCGCGCAUCAGAAUUAACUGUAUAUUAUUAUUUUAUUAUCCCUAUUAUUAAGAUGGGGGGUCGAGCUAUUUAUAAGGGAAACAUGGAGCCUUCAUCGCCUUAUUUCAUCUCGUCUGCUCGGAUCAGAGAUACUGUAAUGCUGCAAUGUCUCCAUGCAAACCACCGCUGACAUUAUUCUCCACCUUGUUGCCGCCGUGUGAUGGUUUCUGUGUUUCCUAAAGAAGUGGUGGACAUUUAAAAGCCUUCACUACUAUUGAUUGAUGAUCUGAAACUACCGUGCGUGCUCUCGAGGCAGCAGGAGAAUGAUAGAUGCUGGCAUCCUUUUGCUGUCUCCAGUGAAGAAGAGUUUCUUUUCUCACCGAGGAGCCGUCACCAUCACAAAUGUAGCCCGGCAGAGGCGACUGAACCAGGCCGCUGCACAGACACGGAGGCGGGUUUGUUGUGCUCAGACUGGGCUGGAUGCUGGACAUGGUGCCACUCUGUACUGAAUACCUGCCACCCAGCCGUCGGCUUGUUCCUUUAAUUCCCCAGCUGUCUUAAAAUGGACGGGGCCUUUUUGAUAAAAGCUAUUCAUGGACGUUGAACCGGCUCAUGCAUGCGGGAUUUAAACCGGCUUGUCGGGAUGUAGGGCGAAUAUCCGCGGAUAUUUCCAAACACACACACAGUAUAGAAGAGAAAACAGCCCGUGUUCAUGGAGAUGGCUGGCGGGGGAGGUGCAUGUACACUGGGCUGGAUGAGAAAUAAUGAGGACCCCUGCUCAGAGGAUUUCACUCAGCUCAAACAUAGACUGCUGUUUUUAUUGGCAGCCUAAAUACUCCAUUACUAAUAUUUUUCAGCUUUAUUAUCGCCUCUGAGUGUCUCUGUAGCUCUCAGUCAAGGCUCUCAAUGAGCUGCAGAUUAUGUGAUUAUUAGGGCAAAAGAUUCAAAGCUAUAAGUCAUGAUUUAUAGUUAAGUUUACAUGAAGUUUAACAACAAUGUAGGACAUUGUUAUUAAGUUUUAUUCAUAUUAGUAUCAAUAUCACUGAUCAGUAGCUCAUCUUUCUUUCAUCAGACCUGUUGUUUCUUAAAUCAACACAUAUUUCAGAGAGUUUGUGGCAGCUUUCCAAAAGACACAAUAGUGGAAACAAUCAAUUAGGUUUGAGGGGUGUUACCCUCAUGGAUCUGCUCUGCUGAGUGUCAUUGUUUGACCUGAUGUCUAUUGUCCCUGAAUGAACUUGCCUUUGGGAAUACAUGUUACUUACACACUGCGUAGCAACAGCACAGCAGCAACCGGUGACAGGAUUUGGCACAGUUUCAACAGCGGGAUGUGGUGAUGGGGGAGAGCAGUUGCGGCUCUCUGAUCCUCUGAUCCCCUCUCCCCCUCACUGGUGGUCCAGGACACCCCGUCUCUGUCAAUGGGCCCUGUAUGGACCGUGAGCCUGAGUUGACAGAGGGCAGGCCUACAGCGUCAAACAGCAGUCAGGCUGCCAUGAACCCAUACGGCAGAGCGCUCAGCACAGCCGCCCCCCUGUCCUGCACCAGCUGUGGGGGCUGCUGCUCCCCGCCCCCCCCCUUGCCUAAUCCCGCCCGGCCCCCCUCAUCUACUACCUCCUCCUCUUCCUCCAUGCCCCCGAAUAUGACCCCUCCACCGCCGAUGUGUCCGGCCCCGAUGGUGCAGGUGGAGAAUGGCAGCAGCUGGAACUCCUCCACCAUCUCCUCCUGCGGCUCCCCAGACUCCCACCCUGGUCACCGCCGCGGUGCCAAUAACCCCAACGCCUACUGGACGGCGGUGUUCGACUACGAGGCCACAGCAGACGAGGAGUUGACCCUGCGGCGCGGGGACCUCCUUGAAGUUCUCUCCAAAGACUCCAAAGUGUCUGGGGACGAGGGUUGGUGGACGGGCAAGAUCCAGGACAAGGUGGGUAUCUUUCCAUGCAACUACGUCACCAGGGGGGACACGGCUAACUACCAGCUGACUGCCGGAGGGGUGGGUGAAUGCCCCCUGGAGAUAGACUUCUCAGAACUGCUCCUGGAGGAGGUGAUAGGAGCUGGUGGCUUUGGGAAGGUGUACAAAGGAGUAUGGCGGCGAGAGGAGGUAGCAGUAAAGGCCGCCAGGCAGGACCCCGAUGAGGAUAUUAGUGCCACGGCGGAGAGCGUGCGGCAGGAGGCCCGGCUCUUCUGGAUGCUCCGGCACCCCAACAUCAUCGCUCUCCGUGGGGUCUGCCUGGGGGAGCCCAACCUGUGCUUGGUGAUGGAGUACGCCAGAGGGGGGGCUCUGAACCGAGCGCUGGCUGGAAAGAAGGUCCCCCCGAGGGUUCUGGUGAACUGGGCGGUCCAGAUCGCCACGGGGAUGGACUACCUGCACAACCAGGCGUUCGUGCCCAUCAUCCACCGAGACCUCAAGUCCAGCAAUAUCCUCAUCCUGGAGCCCAUAGAGUGGGACGAUCUGGGCGGGCGGACCCUGAAGAUCACAGACUUCGGUCUGGCCAGAGAGUGGCACCAGACCACCAAGAUGAGCGCUGCGGGGACCUACGCCUGGAUGGCCCCCGAGGUCAUCAAGCUCUCCCUCUUCUCCAAGAGCAGCGACGUGUGGAGUUUCGGCGUGUUGCUGUGGGAGCUGCUGACCGGCGAGGUCCCGUACCGGGAGAUAGACGCGCUGGCGGUGGCUUAUGGUGUCGCCAUGAACAAACUCACACUUCCCAUCCCGUCAACGUGCCCUGAACCUUUCGCUCAGCUGCUGGGAGAGUGCUGGAGCCCGAACCCCCGCAGCCGGCCGUCCUUCACCAGCAUCCUGCGGCGCCUGCUGGCCAUCGAGCAGUCGGCCAUGUUUCAGAUGCCGCUGGAGUCGUUUCACUCGCUGCAGGAGGACUGGAGGCUGGAGAUCCAGCAGAUGUUUGACGAGCUCAGGGCCAAAGAGAAGGAGCUGAGGUCCUGGGAGGAGGCGUUGGCCCGAGCAGCUGAGGAGCAGAGGGAGCAGGAGGAGCAGCUGAAGAGGAGAGAGCAGGAGCUGGCGGAGAGGGAGAUCGACAUCGUGGAGCGAGAGCUGAACAUCAUCAUCCACCAGAUGUACCAGGAGAAACCCAGCGUGAAGAAAAGAAAAGGACACUUCAAGAAGAGUCGCCUGAUGAAGCUCGGCCGAGACAGCAACUGCAUCAGUCUGCCCUCUGGCUUUGAGCAUAAGAUCACAGUCCAGGCGUCUCCCAGUGUGGACAAGAGGAAGACUCAGGGCAGCGAGAGCACCACGCCGCCCGCCAGCCCGGGGGUCAUACCGCGACUCAGAGCCAUACGACUGACGCCGAGCGACGGCAGUAAGACGUGGGGACGCAGCGCCGUCUGCAAGAAGGAAGACCUGUCCACCAGCAAGAAGAAAGGACGCACCUGGGGACCGAGCUCCACGCUGCAGAAGGAGAGGGUCGGAGGAGAGGAGAAGCUGAAGUCUCUUGGUGAAGGAUGUAAAGUUUGGUCUUCCAGUGCACCAAAUCUGGGAAAAUCCCCCAAACAUGCACCCAUGACCGCCGGCUUCUCCAGCCUCAACGAGAUGGAGGAGUGCUGUGAGUUCGAGGAGUCUCCAGGGUCCCUGCAGCCCUCAGAGACCAGCAGUAACGGGGCCGUGGAGGACUCGGGGUCCCUGUGGGGCAGCCUGGGGCCCAACACGCUGCCUGCUGUGGUUAGCUCCUGUGCGGGGCCCGGCGGCCCGGGGACCGGGGCCAGCUACCAGGACUCUCUGCGGCGCUGCGGCCAGAGGAAGAAGAGCGACAUGCUGCUGCUGGGCUGCGCCUCGCUGCUCGCAUCCGUCGCCCUCGGACAAGACCUGCUGCAGCUGGGGAAACUACAGGUGCUCCAGGACGAGCAGGAUCUCAGAGAGGAGCAGCGGAAGAAGAAGGAGGGUCUCUUCCAGCGGACGGGGCGUUUCCGGCGCAGCACCUCCCCCCCCAGCAGGAACCUCUCCCUCUCCCUCUCCAGACACCAGGACUCCUCGCUGCCCUGCAUGGACCCGUCUCCCUCCGUCACGCUCCUCUCUCUCUCCUCUCUGUCCGACUGCAACUCCACCAAGUCCCUCCUCCCCUCGGACCCCGACGAGUACCCGCUGACCCCCGUCACGGGGCUGAAGACCCCCGCCGCGGCCCCGGCCCCCGCCCUCAACCCGCUCCUGGACCUGCGGGCGGAGAGCUUCAAGAAGGAGCCCAACCAGUCGCUGACGCCCACCCACGUGUCUGCAGCCAUGGCGCUGAACAGGGGACACCGGCGGACCCCCUCGGACGGGGCCAUCCGGCCCAGAGCUCAGACUCUGGGGCACCGCAGGACGCCGUCAGACGGCAGCAUGCCCAUGCCUCCGCCACCGGGGGCGCCACACAGCACCGCUCUCAAAGGUACCCAGGACACCCUGGACAUCCCGCGGCUCCCGGACCCCUCCAGCCUCUUCCCGGUCCCCCAUCGGCGUAAAGCCCCGGCUCCCCCGGUCCCCGAGCCUCUUCCUCUCUGCCUCAUCAGCCCCCUGGAGAGACCCAAGACGCUGGAGUUCGCCCCCCGGCCGCGGCCCACCCCGGCCCGGAUGAGAGCCGACCCCUGGAAGCUGGGCUCCCUCUCGCGGACCCUCAGCUCGUCUCCGGGCAGCAGCUGCGACAGCCCCCUGGGCUCGGGGGACAGCAGCGCCAGCACCGCCAAGCCCAACCUGAUGGACAUGGACGUGGAGGGCCAGAGCUCGGACCGCACCGUCCCCCUGAUGGGGAAGCAGAAGCCCGCCACGCUGUGUGGACAGCAGUACUCGUAGUGAAAAGACUUUCCUGACAUUAGAUGCUACUGACGUCUGAGCCCAGCAAAGUGCACUCACUGAAGUUUGACAAACACUUGUUUAGGCCCCACUGGAAGCCAUUCCUCUCAUGUGUCCUUUUUGGAACCUGGUCUCACAGAAAUCCGUGAAAUAGCCACGGAAUCGCUCAAAUUUCCGUGAAACUGACACGGAUUUCGCUACAAUGCAAGUUAAUGACAGUCAUAUCCCGUGGCUUUUAAAAAAUGCCCUCACUGCAAUAAACUGACUACUACAGGGAUUAACAUCAUCAAACAUUAGCUCAUUGAAUCCACAAGAGUCUCGGCUUUCAAGUGAUACCCAAUUUAUGCAAUUCACUGGCUGUUUAGUGACCAAAGUUUGCAGAAAUAACAAUAAACAGUAGGCGUAAACAAAGCAUUUUAAAUACAUGAUAAACUGAAUGGGAUAAGCAUAAAAUGGGCAUUAUCUAGAAGAUAUCAUGACACCAUAGGUCUCUUUGUUUCAUAUGAUACCAGUGUCUUCUACAUCCUCCUAAAAACAAAAGUAAACAGUGUCAGUCUGAACUUUAAGAGUUAAAUGACAGUUAAUCCAAUAUUGGUUUGUUCCAAGUCACGUGACUUUCAAGGUUCCGGCGGUCAGAAUAAAAAACAUGGCGGACAGUUCUCUCAUUUUUAGUGAAAAAUCAAUAUUUUGACUUAGUUUCUGCAUAAAAAUGGAU